AUGCCACCUUCAACUGUCCGGCUGGAUGCUCCAACACUCUACCUUGUUGCGCAACAGUUGGUCUAUGAUUUCGAGAUCGCCCGCUGCGUGGAAAUUCCCUGCGUGAAACAUGUACUCGAAUUUGACCCCCUUCUAGCUGCACGAACCGCCCUCUGCAACCUGCGGCUGACCUGUCGAUAUUUCGCUGAUAUGGCCAUCAUCAAGUCCGUUUUGUUUGAUCAUAUCACGCUGCGUGCUACGAAAGAUCAACUGUCCCGCGUGCUAGAGACGAGCUUUGCUACAAUUGGACGAUUUGUGACAAAGGUCACCUUCAAGCCAUCCCUAUCUUCACCACAAGUCACCAUCGAAGAUUUCCGGCGGGUUAAAGAUAUGUGGACCUGUCAACUCAGGGAGGCAGAACCAUGUGACCCCGCGGACUGGAACGAGAUCUGGCACUUGUAUCAUGGGCUCGGCGUUAAACGCUCCCUUGGCUACGGCACUGUCGAUGCCGCCUAUGACUUCUAUACACAAUGCGCGACUGACGACAUGGAAAUCGUGCAGAAUGGGAGUCUGCAGCGCGCUUGGGUCAAGGUCUUGAAAACAUUCUCAAAGGCGUCAUCCUUCGUCAUCGGCAAUGUCCCUAGUUUCUGGCCUCGAUGGGUGCACAGUGGUGACUUUGACGACAAAUAUAAGUCCUGUGCGUUCUGUGAAUCCAACACUGGUAUCCUCACAGAGAUGAGCUCUUUUGGUGAAGCGACGCUCUUCGGCCUCGUCACGGGGUGUCUCGCAUCCGCUCAUAUGCGAAUCGAAGACCUUGCCCUUGACUGCAACGUCCUGCGUAACGCCAAAUUGGAGGAUUUGCAGAGCUCUCAGCUUCGAUGGGAACAUCUGACUCAACUACGUUUCUACGAAGGACCAUAUUCCUGUUGCGGACCACUGGCAGUUUUUUCCGGCAGCGAUUCCGACAGUAUUCGUUGUGUUGACCGGUUGUGCUCUGCUCUCGUGAAAGGGGCUCAGAACAGUCUUCAGGCUUUGAGCAUCGAAAACGCCUACUGUUUCCAAGACGUUCCCGUUUCGUGGCAUACACAUUUGGACAUGGACCUGCCAGCUCUUCGCUCACUGAACCUGACCAAUGCGACAUUCCCUGCUCAGACGCUGGGAAGAGUACUGGAAAAGUGUCAUGGACUACGGUAUCUGGGUUUCGAGGAGAGAUCCUGCAGUGAAAAUGGUGUGUUUAAGCCGCUCUUCGAUGCAAUUCGUCAGCACCCCAAUCCGUUACGAUUCCAUUUCAAGGGAUGUCUGGCGACGCAGUACAACUAUUGUGCCGAUCUCCAUUUCAAUUGGGAAGAUUCUCGUGUCGUCAGCGAACCGAUCCAUGAAAGCUAUCCUUCGAGCAUCCACGAGGACAUGCGUGAGUUGCACAAGAGCCUUGGUCUAUACCUCGCGAGCCAGGGAGAAUGGGACGAUCACUUGGAGUACUGGUUUUCAAAUCCCUGA